ACUCGAUUGGGAAAAAGUGCGGUUCGACUCCUAUUCGGCCAAACAAUGCAAAGACAAGUGGUUUGAAGUGAUGAACAGAUUGCGCCGAUACCGGACGCUGACCGAUAUGGUGACGGACGCGCGGGUGUGGUUGAAGGCGCCCUGGCAGACGUACAACAACGCCAAAAAGGUCAAACACCCGGACCUACCAAAGAAACCGUUGACACCAUUCUUCCGAUACUUCAUGGAGAAGAGGGAGAAGUCGGGUAAAUCACAUCCCGGUUCCAGUGUUACCGAUUUGGCCAAACUAUUGUCGGGAAAGUUCGCGCAACUAAACGACCGAAAGAAGCAGAAAUACAAAGACGCUUACGAUAAGGAGUACAACGAAUACAAAGUGAAACUCCAGAAGUUUAAAGUGGAUCACCCGGAGGUGGAGUUCGGCACAAUGAACAAGACUCAGUCAUCGCACGGUCACGCGCAGGAGGGGCCGCCCAAACCCAAGACACCCAUUCAGCUCUUUAUGGAGGAGAAGACGAAGAAGAUUGCGCCCAACAGUGAGGGCCGCAAAGAGGCGGUCGACAAGAUCCGACACACGUGGUCUCAGUUGAGCGAAGGCAAGCGAAUCAAAUGGAUUCGCCGUUCGCUG